AUGAAUGGAGAACAACCGUCACGAGAGUCCCAGCCGGCGACUUUACAACUGGGAUACACAUCACCAUCACAACCUGACACAGAACCGAUACCAACAAGCACACCCUUGCACUCACCCACAAUAGAAUUGAGUGAGCCCGUAGGAGGUACCGACAAUCAUCUCCACGUUUUCCAAGGCGCUCCUGAUUCAGUGUCACCUGCAUUUGAUCCGAUCGAGCCAGCUAACAACAACAACGACGACGACGACAACAGCAACAACAACCACCACUACAAACAGCCCACCAGUCCAGAUCUGGAUGGAAUACUACUAUCUCCUCCCGGCAUGAACAAGCUGUAUUCCUACGGAGGAACAAUCACACCGCCAUCCGGGUUUGGCAAUGCCAAUCUCUCACCACCGCUGGACAAACUAUACAAGAAACAACCACGGCGAGAAUCAUUGGCAAAAAAGAAAGAUAUGUUGAAUAACGCAUCCGGAACUAACCUCAAUAUGUUUUUACGAGGAGACCGACGACAAUCAUGGACGGGCGCCAAGCCGGAGUUGAUGGAUAGCCCCAAGAUCAACCUGAAGUUGAUGAUGACUUCCGCUUCCAAUAACACCAGUCUUGGCACUAGCUCAAGCAUGAAGUCGACGAUAUCCUCAGGGAAAUUAAAUGGAAUAUCGGAUAAGAACCGUUUGGUGGAUCAGUUUUAUCGACCCAAUGUGAAGCUACACAAUCGCGCUCAUAGCAGUGUUGACUUGGCUAGUAUUUUCAAGUCGAGCAUUGAAUUGACUCCUGGGAAACGUCGAUGGAUGAACGACAGCGAGAUGAUGGAAUCUACGUCCGGGUCGACGUUGAAUCAUGAGUCGGCAUUGACUGACGAACUGUUUAAUGAGAUUUUAAACCAAGGUGGGUUCAAGUUUGAAUUUGAUCGAGAAAUGCUUGUCCAAGAUGACGAGUUGAUUAAUUUUGUUUUGAAUAUAGAUACUAUUCUCGACGAGUAUCCUCAAGAUACAAACAGACCUUAUGAGCAAUUGGAGAGAAUUAUGACUAGCAUGACCGACAAGCUAGAGAUUAAAUUCAAGAAUAUUUUAUUACGACACCAGCCCACCAAGAACAAGUCUCUUGAAGAACUCGACUCUGUAGAGAAAUAUCUCCACGGGUUGAAGUUGCAAACGGCAGAGUUAAUCACGCAAUUGAACAAUAACCGAGAGCUAAUCCGGUCAAAGUACCGAGAAGAAAUAAAUGUCAACAUCAACAAAUUGACUCAUGUCACGGCGCAAUUGAAAGGGUUGGAAAAACGAUCAAAUGCAUUCAAGGAGAAGAUAACCGAGGAAAAUAUGGUUAUGUCCCAGGAUAUGAUUGAAAAGUUGGAGCUAUUGGAGAAUAUCAACCUCCGUAUGCGGGAAUACUCGAGAAUCAGGAAAGCGAGAAGGUUUAGACGAGUGCAGAUGCUCCUUUCCAUUGGUGUGGUUAUAUUUUUAGCGAUAUACUAUGGCCACAGGUGA